AUUUUACUUUUAUGCCAUUCAGUAUACUGUACAUGCAGUGUAGCACAUUUGAUGGAUUGUGUUUAUGUAGGUUUCUGGGACAUCGUGAACGCUUGAAGCGUUUACUUGAAUAUAGCAGGCGUGUGCAGAUUGCUAUUGUGACACUUGUCAUCCUGGAUUGCUUUAUAGUGUUGGUGGAACUCCUCAUUGAUCUUAAUAUUCUCAUUGAUGAUGAAUGUGGACGAGAUAAGACAUGUCCGGUAAAUGCUGAUUGCCCAGUUCUUAACAGUACUAUGUCUACACCCACUGCAGAUGAUACUACAGAGUGUUUAUAUGCUAAUGGAGCAUUGCAAUGCAUAACAAAGGGUGAAGAGCAGAUAAAUCCGGGGUUUGUUCUUCACGUUCUUGGCUUAGUUGUUCUUGGUGUCUUCCUGUUAGAACUGUGUCUGAAGCUGUACAGCUUUGGAUUAUCAUUCUUCAAGCAUAAGAUGGAGGUUUUUGAUGGUGUCAUUGUUGUGGUGUCAUUUGCCAUGGAUGCUGCAUAUGGUGGAGAUGAAGAUGCAUGGGAUGGUGUAGGUCUACUCGUGCUGCUUCGUAUGUGGAGGGUUGUUCGUAUAGUGAAUGGUGUUGUUCUUUCAGUAAAGAAGAAGAGCGAGAAACGUAUUAAUGAACUACAGAGUCAACUGAAUGGAAGCGAAGAUGAAGUGAAACGACUGAAGUCUCUACUUGAAGCUCAAACUGCGGAAAUGGAAAAACUAAGGAAAUUUACUCAAGAAUGCGAGAAGGACAACAACAAAAUUCUAAACGAGAAGGAGAAGACAUCCAAUGGUUAUGAAAGUGUAUCUGCAGAAGACAAAGUAAUUGAUUGCAAUGCAGAUAUUAAAGUUGGUACUACUUGUACAUUUAUUUAUACCAUGGUCAUGUGAUGUGCAACCAAUCACAACCACCUAUUUACAUGGUGUAUAUGAUUAAGUUAUUGUACGGCAAGUGACAGGACCGGACCACUUUUUCUAGAGUGAACUGUUACCAGAGGCUUGUUUCAUUGUCGUAGAAACAUGUCCGGUUUUGGUCGAACCGUGCAUCUUUCAAUAAUUGUACUACUGACAGGUGACGGUUGCAUGAAACUGACUGUUGAAA